GAUUGCUUGGUUGGGUGAUCCCCCCUGACAGGUAGUCUAGCAUCGGACAGGUGCAGCUAUGGGGUGGAAAGGCUUGCAUCGUUUGGGGCGACAUAUCUGUUCAACCAGCACCGCCUUUGUGUCUGGGACAGUGGCUGUAAUAGGUUUAGCUGUAUACGUAAAGCUCAAAGACAAGGGUCCAGCGUUUGCCGAAUGGACUGAAGCGGAACCUCACGUUAAAUGGGACAGCAAUUGGGACCGGCGUGAUCCAUCGUCACUAGUAAAAAAACCUCAAAUAAAGGAACAGUCAUUGGCCUACACAGAAGAUUUGAAGGAGAAGACUGCUAAAGCCACUCGACAUUUGAUUCUUGUUCGUCAUGGCCAGUACGUAGACUCUGCCACUUCAGACGAGGGUCGUAUUUUGACAGCUCUCGGUCGUCAGCAAGCGGAAAUCACAGGACAGCGUCUUCGUGACCUUGACCUGGAUUUGACUCGUAUUGUAUCAUCAACAAUGACCAGGGCAGUGGAAACAGCAGAUAUCAUACACAAGUUUUUUCCUGGACUUCGGCUUGAUCGAGAUGACAUUCUACGGGAAGGAUCACCAAUUCGUCCAGAACCUCCCUCUCACUCCUGGAGACCUGAUAAUUACCAGUUUUUCCAAGAUGGAGCACGAAUAGAGUUUGCCUUUCGGAAAUACUUCCACAGAGCUGACCCAGAACAAAAGGGAGACAGCGUUGAGAUUAUUGUGUGCCAUGCCAAUGUCAUACGAUACUUUGUCUGCAGAGCACUUCAGUUGCCACCAGAGGCAUGGCUACGCAUGAGUCUUGCCCACGGUAGCCUCACACAUGUCAUGAUCCGACCUUCAGGACGUGUUGUGCUGCGAUGUCUGGGAAACUCUGGUCAUCUACCGCCUGAUAAAGUUACGUUCUCCUAGUUGAAGGCCUGCCCAAUUUGUUCACUGAGCACCUUGGGCAUGGUACCUGAAAAGUAAUCAUCCAUUGUGACAGAGAGAGAGCCUCAUGAAACAGUUGAUGGUUCGACAAGGACAAUGAUUGCACUGUCUCUGUAGACUCAGCAAGUGAGUUCUGUUAUCUAGUUCCUUUUUUUUUAAUUAAGUGAGAAUAGGUGAUGAAUCUGUAGAUCAUAAAAAUUUGCUGGCUCAAGUAUAAUUAAGAAAAAUAUGGGUAUGAUACGCAUUUGAGUUUUUCAAAGUGCCUUCAUCAAUCAUGCAAGAAAACAUCACGGUGUGAAGAACUAUAGUAUGUAUUGUGUUUUGUGAACAAGUAUUGUCUGUUACCAUGGCGACAUACUUUCAAGAACACACACUCAAUGUGGACAAUACACACCAGCAAACAGUGGGUUCCACAUGUGUUCUUUCUCACAACAAAUCAUAAGGAUCUAUUCUUGGGAUUCACGUUUUCUGUUGUUGGAAGUUUUGAGUAUCAUUAAGGGGAGGCAAGAAAAAGCUAUUCUAAGAACAUACCAUUAACAGCUAACAAGUAACAACAAUCCAGGCAUAACACAUCAUUUACAUAAGUUACUCACACCCUUAAAAUCAUAAAACUUCUACAUACAAAAGAUAAUUCUCCAUUACACAUAAGUUCAGACUUCCACGUUCCACAGUCUCUCAAGUGGGGAAACGCAACUGGUAACAUCAACAUCCCAGAUCGGUGUUUCAGCGCAAACAGAUUAGCAAAAGAUCACACUUACGUUCAAGAGACGUCCGUGUCCAACCACACUCUCUCUCUUUCCUUGAAUUCUCAAAAGGGUGACAACCCAAGCUUCUUAAAUCUUCAAGGGAGACAGCCUAUGUCCCUGACAUGUUCACAUAUAAACUAUUGACUUUAUGCAUUUCCUUCCAUUUAUAUAACAUUACAAAAGAUACUAAGAGUGUGUAAAUCUUGGGGGCAUCCUCCUCCACUCAUAAUUCAGCUUCAUGGUGAAUGCAUCAAUUUUUAUGCAAAGCUUGGUUGGGUUUUUUACAAACGUUCUGAAUGUCCUUCAUAGCCCAGUCUGUCUUUAUCAUUGAAAAGAAACCCGCUCAGUCUGGCAAAAUGAAAAACAUUGUUAGUAAACACCAAGUUCUGAGAUUUACUUGUUUAGUUGUAUAGUAACAUUAAAAAGAACCAUCCUCACAGAAACCUGUCUUGUGUAAACCCGUGGGUAUAUUCUUUCUCAUAACCACACUCAUUGGUGUAGGAAAAUGCUCUGCUUUGGUGUGUGUGUGGAGAGGGGGGAGAUUUAUACUAACUGAAUGACUUUCACAUUCUUACUUCCUCAAUAUCUUUUAUGAGGGGGUGGCUGCCCUCCCCAGUUCACACACCACUGAUAUUUUGAUUAUUCCCAUCUUUUUCUAAUCACAUUCUUCCAGUUCUUAAAAUUUUGGCUGUACAAAGACGUUUUUAUGUUGUUUGCAUUCAGUUGAUAGAUAUGUUUAUGGCUUGCAGGGGUUAGGCUGGAGCAGGACUUCACAAUGCAGCAUGCAUUAUUAACAAUGUAAGGUCAUCUGUACCCAUUUAGUAAAUUUUUAUGUUUAGAGGGCAUUGAAAUGAUGAAACAAUGUAUACUAAAUUUUUGAUGAAUUUUUUUUACAGGAAAUUGUCUUUCUUUGUGUGACUCUCUCAUGACUUAAAGUUCCUGUUACACUUUUUGUUGAUGUAGUUGCUGGUACUGGUUUUGAUACUGUGGAUAAUUAUGAGUAAUGUGACUACAGAAGCAGAUGUGUCUUUGUAGCCUGAGAAAAACACUAGACACCUUUAUGGGCAGCUUUGUAGUGAACUGCUUGAUAAGGAACCUGAUUGAAGGAAGAUGUGAGCUAUU